GCGGCGGCAGCGCUCGCCGGGGAUGCAGCGGCGGCAGCGGCGCGGAGUCCCCUGCGCCCCGCGGCUCGGCCGGGCUGCGGCAAGGGCGACGGCGCCGCGCGCCGGGUGAGGCCGCCGGGCCGUGCGGCGGAUCUGUGAGUAGAGAGGGAAGAGAGAGAAGAAGCAAAUCCAUAGAACACAACUCCAGACUCCUGCAUCCUGAAAGACGCAGGGACCAGCGAAACGUACGAUGGGACCCCCUGGUCUCCUGCUGUGCUUGCUCUCCGCAGCUGUUUUCUCUCUGCUGGAUGGAAGUCCGGCACUCCUGUCGCACCACCGCCUGAAAGGCAGGUUUCAGAGGGACCGCAGGAACAUCCGGCCCAACAUCAUCCUGGUGCUCACGGACGACCAGGACGUGGAGCUCGGUUCCAUGCAGGUGAUGAACAAGACCCGGCGCAUCAUGGAGCAGGGCGGGGCGCACUUCAUCAACGCCUUCGUGACCACGCCCAUGUGCUGCCCCUCCCGCUCCUCCAUCCUCACCGGGAAGUACGUGCACAACCACAACACCUACACCAACAACGAGAACUGCUCCUCGCCCUCCUGGCAGGCCCAGCAUGAGAGCCGCACCUUUGCCGUGUACCUCAACAGCACAGGCUACCGGACAGCUUUCUUCGGGAAGUACCUUAAUGAGUACAACGGCUCCUAUGUGCCACCUGGCUGGAAGGAGUGGGUCGGCCUCCUUAAAAACUCCCGGUUUUAUAACUACACGCUGUGCCGGAACGGGGUGAAGGAGAAGCACGGCUCUGACUACUCCAAGGCAAUUCAGGGCCCAGGUGGCAGAAACCACAUGACGACACCUCGGAAGCACCCUCUGCUCCCAGCCCAUGUCUCACUCCGCACCGGAUUGGCCGCCAUUACCUCCCAGGCUUGCCUGCCCCUCACCCCAGCGCCCUCCUGCCUGGGGUCCCCGCUCCCCCGGCCCCCAACCCCACUGACAGUUCACCUUCGCAGGAGGAGCCGCACGGCCAGCUCAGUCCCACCCAAGGGAGAAGCCAUGGGGAGAAUAAAAGUAGCGCCGGCUCCUCGGGCGGCUGUGUUAAAUGAGACGGUAGAAGGCGAAGCCCUUGAGCUGUGCCUGCACACGGUCGGUGCUCAGCAGAAGUCAGAGGUCAUCACUGAUGCCACGCCGAGCUAUAACUACGCACCCAACCCCGACAAGCACUGGAUCAUGCGCUACACAGGGCCCAUGAAGCCCAUCCACAUGGAAUUCACCAACAUGCUGCAGAGGAAACGCCUGCAAACCCUCAUGUCCGUGGACGACUCCAUGCAGAAGAUUUACAACAUGCUGGUGGAGACGGGUGAGUUGGACAACACCUACAUCGUGUACACGGCCGACCAUGGCUACCAUAUCGGCCAGUUCGGCCUGGUGAAGGGGAAGUCCAUGCCAUACGAGUUCGACAUCAGGGUCCCAUUCUACGUGAGGGGCCCCAACGUGGAGGCUGGCUCGCUGAAUCCCCAUAUCGUCCUCAAUAUUGACCUGGCCCCUACCAUCCUGGACAUCGCGGGUCUGGACAUCCCCUCAGACAUGGAUGGGAAAUCCAUCCUCAAGCUGCUGGACACAGAGCGGCCGGCGAAUCGGUUUCACUUGAAAAAGAAGAUGAGGGUCUGGCGCGACUCCUUCCUGGUAGAGAGAGGCAAACUGCUUCACAAGAGGGACAGUGACAAGGUGGAAGCCCAGGAGGAGAAUUUCCUGCCCAAGUUCCAGCGCGUGAAAGACCUGUGUCAGCGUGCGGAAUACCAGACGGCCUGUGAGCAGCUGGGACAGAAGUGGCAGUGCGUGGAGGAUGCCACAGGGAAGCUGCAGCUGCGCAAGUGCAAAGCCCCGAUGCAGCUCAGGGGCGGAGCCCUGUCCAACCUGGUGCCCAGGUACUUCGGGCAGGGCAGCGAGGCCUGCCCCUGUGGCGUUGGGGACUCCAAGCUCAGCCUGGCCGGGCGCCAGAAGAAGUUCUUCAGGAAGAAGUACAAGGCCAGCUUUGCCCGUAAUCGUGCCAUCCGCUCAGUGGCCAUCGAGGUGGAUGGUGAGGUACACCACAUAAGCCUGGAUGACACAUCCCAGCCUCACAACCUUACCAAGCGACACUGGCCGGGGGCCCCUGAGGACCGAGACGACAAGGAUGGCGGGGAUUUCAGUGGCACUGGAGGCCUUCCGGACUACUCAGCCCCCAACCCCAUUAAAGUGACACAUCGGUGCUACAUCCUAGAGAAUGACACAGUGCAGUGUGACCUGGACCUGUACAAGUCCCUGCAGGCCUGGAAAGACCACAAGCUGCACAUUGACCACGAGAUUGAAACUCUGCAGAACAAAAUUAAGAACCUGAGGGAAGUCCGAGGUCACCUGAAGAAAAAGCGGCCAGAAGAAUGUGAUUGUCACAAAAUCAGUUCCCACACCGACCACAGAGGCUCCAGUCUGCAUCCUUUCAGGAAGGGUCUACAGGAGAAGGACAAAGUGUGGCUGCUGCGGGAGCAGAAGCGCAAGAAGAAACUUCGCAAGCUGCUCAAGCGACUGCAGAACAAUGACACAUGCAGCAUGCCGGGCCUGACGUGCUUUACCCAUGACAACCAGCACUGGCAGACGGCGCCUCUCUGGACGUUGGGCCCCUUCUGCGCCUGCACCAGCGCCAACAAUAACACAUACUGGUGCAUGAGGACCAUCAACGAGACCCACAACUUCCUCUUCUGUGAAUUUGCGACCGGCUUCCUGGAGUACUUUGAUCUCAACACAGACCCUUACCAGCUGAUGAAUGCAGUGAAUACACUGGACAGGGAUAUCCUCAAUCAACUACACGUACAGCUCAUGGAGCUAAGGAGUUGCAAGGGUUAUAAACAGUGUAACCCCCGGACUCGAAACAUGGACCUGGGACUUAAGGAUGGAGGAAGCUAUGAGCAAUUCAGGCAGUUUCAGCGUCGGAAGUGGCCAGAAAUGAAGAGACCUUCUUCCAAAUCGCUGGGACAACUGUGGGAAGGCUGGGAAGGCUAAGAGGCACAAGGUGGACACCCCCCCCCCCCAAAACAAAGGCAUCAUCACACUGUACAGACAAUGAAAACCAUGGAGUUGUUCAGCACCUCUGCUGUUAGCGAGGAGACCUGAGACACACAGCACUUCCUCUGUCCAUGGAACCAGCAGGAGGAGCAAUGCUUUGGGAAGUCCGUUUUUGCCCCUGCUUUUGCUUUGGAUUAUACUUCACCAGCCACACAAAAUGCACUGUCUUAUCAAAGUGUCACCACUAACCCUCCUUGAAAAGCUCACAAGAAACAGAGUGAGCUUUGCUUAGAAAUUUCCCCCAAGGGUCACUGGAAUUCUUUUUUAAACCACGGGAAAAACAACCCUGUUUUAAAUCCUCUUACUCUUUUGGGUCAUCACAAAGAAGGAACUAAGAAGCAGGAUAGAGGCAACUUACAAGUGCUAGAAAUGGUACAGAGUUUGACAGUGAGUCAGUAGCACAAAAGAAGUGGCAUUUAUCUAGCACUAUAACCCUGCCUGCCUCUGAAGAAAUUGACUUCACUGUAUAUACAUAUAUGUGACUAUUUACAUGUAACCAGCGUGGAAACUUUUAGGGGAAUCUAAUAAGAAAACCCAAUUUUCAAGAGUGGUGGUGUCAAUAAAUGCGCUGUGGCCAGUGUAAAGAAAACCCCUUGCUGUUGUGGACAUUCAUACUCCUGACCAGAUGCCAUUUCUCCCACUCUUCAUGUCCAAGCUGAUAUUUUUUAAAGCACUAAAAAGAAAUGUUGAUGUAUGUCCCAAGUUUUAAUGAAACUGUAUUUGUAAAGCAAUUUUAUAGUCUAAGUAUUGUCAUACAAUGUUCAAAACCCCAGCCAAUGACCAGCAGUUGGUAUGAGGUAACCUUUGACAUUUUGUAAAAGUCCAUUCUUGGGAGUA